AUGAAGCCGCUAGGCGCAAGCGAGGUAGAAAGUAUACCUCCCGAGCCUGUGAGACAUGUCGACAGCGACGAGCUAAAUGUGAUGGAAUUCGACCGUCUUGCUCUCGCUGCCUUGACCGUGGCGUUCAAUGCGAUCAUGCUGCGCAAUCGAAUUGAACUGUUGGAGCGUGCACUGCAAACCCAUGGCAUUGAUCCUGAUACCGCCAUUCAACAGAUGUCGAAAACUGAAAAUCCAGAGCCUGAUACUGACUGUGCCCCGGCUUGCUCGAAUGUUGUUGACUUGUGUCCUACGUUUGACGGCGCACUGACUCUUGACGAGUCAUUAAAUUUCGAUCAAGAUGGCGAGGUGCGGUAUUUUGGGCCGACAAAUUUGCCCAACGAAGAGUCAUAUCAGUCCGAUGACCCGUCAAUACAGACUGGUGAAACCCCCUGGAAUGAGAGUACAGACUCGUUAGAAGAAAGCUUCAUACCAGACGCGCUCCGAUCUCAUUUGAUCGACCUGUAUUUCGAGUGGGAGCAGCCAUGGUUUCAGAUGGUGAACGAGAAAUUGUUCCGAGAGUCCAUGAUAUGCGGCGGACGAUACUUUAGCCCCCUUCUCCUAAACUGUAUCCUCGCUUUAGGGUCACGAUAUUGCGAUCGCAUAGAAGUGAGAUCAGACCCUAAUGAUUCUAACACAGCUGGCAAGAUAUUUCUUGAUCAAGCAGAAAAAUUACUUCAAAACGAUCUCAAAUGGCCCAAGAUUACAACAAUUCAGUCAUUGGCAAUUAUGGGAAUGGCCUAUAUUGCAAUGGGAUCUGAUGCUGCUGGGUGGCUGCAUCAAGGCAUGGCUAAUCGCCUGGCCCUGGAUAUGGGUUUCAACAUGGACCCUUCGGUCCUUUCCGGAGCAGUUGCUCUUCCGGCCAUCGAAAUUGAACUGCGAAGACAGAUCUACUGGGCUCUGUAUUGCCACGACAAACUGUCAGCAAGCUACACAGGCAGGGUGUGCACGUUACUGGACUCCCAGGGUGUCGUUAAAAAGCCAUUCCCUUUGUGUGCCUCGGAUGUGUAUCUGCCCUCAGCAAAUGGCAAUGGACAAUUAAGGGCUGCUUCUCAAAGAGACGUGGUACAGCUGCAUAGGGCAAUGAUUGACCUGUGUCGUAUAUUUGAGAAAGUUCUCCUUUCGUUCUGGUCCCCAAAGCCACUCCUCCAACCCAACCAACGGUCUGCAUUUUUCGACUCAUGUGUACUCGAACUCAAGACCUGGUACUACGAUCUUGCACCGGAGCUCAAAGUCGACCGCCCAUCUGGUCCCUCCCGAUCUCCUCACACCUACACUUUAUGCAUGUUAUACCACACUGUGUGCGUUUUACUUUGCGUGCCCUUUCUGAACAACCAUCCCACGGACCGACAGAAACAACAGAACAACAACCAAGGACCCGAGCCGCCUGCCGAUAAGCAGAAAUUCAUAACAGUAUGCGGCAACUCCGCCCGCGGAAUGUGCGUCGUGGCCCAGAAAUAUAGACAGACAUUCGGCAGCUUUAAGCGGAGCCCCAUAACAACCACGCACGCCAUGUUAUCAGCGGCAAUAAUCAUUAUUGAAAAUUGCUGCCUUAAUCCCACCGCAAAGUCUAGUACAGGUACUCAGGCCCCACGAGGCCGCCCGUCACCACAGGCAGCCGUGGGACUUUGCCUUCAGGUUCUACGGGAACUAUCGACGUCCUGGAAUAUCGCAAAGCGUAUCGGACGGAAUCUGGAGAAAUUGUAUUGCCAACGACUAAAUUGUGAUGUUGAUCAUAUGCCGCCUGCUCCUUCAUUGGAAUGCAAUGAUUCCUGCGCAAUCCCAUGUCAACCACCAGAUACGGAUGUCUAUCUAGGGCCAAUGGCCGCGACUGAGCUAUCCCGAGGCCUGCUGAACCCGCAAGAUCCGUAUGCCCAAAAUACCGUUUUGGCCCCACCACUUCCAACUAUCAAUUGGUUUGAUGUUCCUACUUCCAACAGUCCUCAGCAAUAUGAUAACGGUGGCAUGAUUGGAUUUGGGGCAACCCCUAACCCUGAUGAGGUGUUUAUUAACAACCUCGGCUUUGCAUUCUCGGCCAAUUGUCUCCCCAGCGAUUACAACAUGUUUGAUACAUUGAAUCAAAUGUAUUUAGAAGAUAUAUGGUGA